GGAGGAAUUACAUUACUGUCUUCUAGGUACCGUCCCGGUUGCGUCACGGUACAAAAGGUACGUACCUGCCCGCUAACAGCUCGUCCGCCUCCAGACCGGACAGGACGGGCUUCAGUUCCAUCACUGUUGGUUUAGCGCCCGGUCGCCAAGCCGCUUGACCAGUUCUGGUCUAGAUCGUCAACUCAUAACCGUCAAGUCGCACCUGUAGCACUGCUGCCGGAGAGGUUACGGCGAGCAUAGCAGCACCGAUCCGGAGCGGGGCAUCGGCAGGCACGUUCGCUGACAGCUCUCCGUAGGGGCAGCAGCCCGCAUAUCAGAACGCCCAAGUCGAAGGUAAUGUCCUCUUUCAACUUUCACAACACUUAUACCACAGGCUCCGACUAUCAGCUAUAUAGAACACCAAUUGAUCAGACAAUAUCCUUUCGACUGGAGACCUGAUCACAGGAGCAUCCACUUCAACAUCCUCUCACAUACAUCUCGACGACACCUCCAAGAUGUCACUCAAGAACACUGCCAAAGCCAAGGCGAACAAGUCAGAGCCUGUCGCCGACAGUUGGGAAGACGAAGAUGUCAGUUCGGAGUCCGAGCCCGAGGCCAAGACUGAAAAGAAGUCUGAGCGUGAGCGUGACUUUGACGCGGAGCCGGAAUCGUGGGAGGACGACAACAACAGUGAUGAAGAAAGAGCCCCAUCUCCUCCAUCUUCACGCAGCAGAAACCCAGAACCAUCAGCUACCACUUCGAUUCCACCAUACCUCGACUACAGUGGGCCAGGCAGCGCCAGCAAUGCUGCCUCCUCAGAGUACAAGAGGCCGGAGAAGACGGACGCAGUAGCCCGCCGCAUGAUCGCCGGUGCUCUUGGGCUGAAAGCACCCAAACUGACCGAGGAGCAAAAGGCCUACGACCGGGCCUUGCGCGAGAAGGAGCGCAAGAGAAAGGAGGAGGAGAGAGAGCGGAAGAAGAAGGCAGAGGAGGAGGCCUUAAAAGCCAAGCAGGCGAUUUGGGAAGACUAAGAGCAUUCCACCCAGCUCAGAGAAAGUCCAGCCGCCUACUCGGCAGGUCUUGAAAUGACAAAAAGCCCAACAGCACUGGACUAUAAAC